UACUACGCUUCAUUAUUCGAAGGCCAGUGCCCACUGACGCCGCCAGUUUUAUAUCCAAAUAAUAGCACUAUAGAACAGCAAAAAUGUCGCAGAUCAACGGAUAUAAGGAAGAACUCCAUGAAGAAUUGCAAAAAACAGAUCCAAAUUCACACGCCAGCCGACUGCUAGCACAAGAAAUUGAACGCCUUGAGAAAGGGGAAGACAGAAAAGACAGAGUAGUUCCCAUGAUUGAUGUUCAUCCCCAGCAGCCACAACCAGUCGCUUUAAAAGUUAGAAUUCCUGUCAUUGAAUAUCCAAAGUUUAACUUUGUUGGAAAGUUGUUGGGACCAAAAGGAAACACACUUAAACGCUUGCAGGAAACAACUGGUACUAAAAUGUCCAUUUUGGGGAAGGGUUCUAUGAGAGAUAAACAAAAGGAAGAGGAAUGCAGAAAGGAAGGUGGAAAAUAUGCUCAUCUCAAUGAUGAACUUCAUGUUUAUAUUGAAGUAUUUGCAGAGAUCGCAGAUGCGUACACACGACUAUCUCAUGCAGUUGCUGAAUUGAAAAAAUUUCUUGUUCCGGAUAGCAAUGAUGAUAUUAGGCAACAACAGCUUCAAGAGCUUAUGUAUAUCAACAGUGGAGAAAGCCCUGCUGGUCCACCUCGUGGUGGUGGACGAGGUGGUUUCCGAGGUGCUAGAGGGGGUCCAGGUGGUCCUCCAGGACCUACAGGUCCCGUUGGACGUGGUGUGCCUCCACCUGCUUCUGCUCGUGGCGCUCCAGUGCGAGGAGCUCCAGGUAGGGGUGCUGCUCCUCCUCCGCCCCGAGGGGCACCACCUCGUGGAGGACGAGGACGAGGUGGUGGAGCACCUCCUCCACCACAGUCAGGCGGAUACGAUGAAUUUAGUUCCCGCUAUGAUGAUGGUUAUGAAAACAGUUCUUUUACUGACCAGGGCUAUGGACAGGGUGACGGACAAUAUUAUGACUAUGGUAACCAGGGAUCAGGGGCAUAUGAUGACUACAGCAGUUAUAAUGACUAUGGUGAUAGUUGGGGUACCAGUGCAGCUGGUGGAGGUGGUAGUGGAGGACCAAUCAAACAGCCAGCUAGGGGCGCCAAAGCACGUACCCAUCCAUAUUCUGGGCGUGGAGGAUUCUGAACAGCCCGUCAUGGAAUCUUGCAGUAUCGUGGGUGAUGUCAUCCAUUAGCUUGCACAUCUGGGACCUCGCACUUGUUUUUAAACCAGCAGAUAUUUCCAGAGGUAUGGAGCACACCUCUUACCUGAAGGUUACAUUGACCCAACUGAAAAUAGAAAGUUCCUGUGCACUUUGCUUUAAAUAGACCUUGCUUAUAAUGCUAAACAUUUCCUACAGAAAGCAUGUGGAAUAUUUUAAUGGCUGGAGGCAGGUUAAAAAAAUAAAUACUUGUCGGAUUUCUCUUAUCAUUGUAAAUAAAUCAUUGCACCUGUAAACCUAGUUUAAAACUCCAUCAGAUCAAAUCCUUGUGUUUUAAUUUUUCAUGUUUGGCAUUCAUCGUGAAGUGAAAUAAAUCUUUUAAAUCUAAGCUUGUCUGAAGUUAUAGUAGUUUUCAGUCUUUAAAACAAUGAAUCUCUUGUCUUUGUCUCAUAAGUGUUUUGUGUUAUUUUGUGGUUUAUAUUGAAAUGCAAAAAUAGCUCUGUUGCAAGGAGAUCUUGCAAUAUGGUUGUGGGGUAGCAUUCUGGCCUCUUGAUAAUUAUAAAAACACAUGGCCAUAGUGAGGUCAAGAAUUAAAUCUUAAAAAAUUAUUUUAUAUUGCUAAGCCCUCUAUGCAAGAUUUGUUAUUCAUUGAAAUUACUCUGGUGGCUUAUAUAGGUUAAUAAUAGGAACAAUCAUGAACAAAAUCCACUAUUCUGCCAGUUUUGUCAGUUUUAAAAAGUUAAGAAAAUGUAAAAAAAAAAAAAAAUUUAAAGAGAGGUACAAUGCCUGGUGGAACUAUCUGUAUUGCUGUUGGUAUAGAAAAAAGUGAUUGCAAGCUUUAGAAAGCAGAUUGUAAAGUGGCCCAAGGACCAAAGACUUGCACACUAAUCAGUUAAGAACCUAUAUGAUCUAGCUGUUUAAUUAGUACCUGAAAUAACACAGAAGGGAAUAGAGAGCACCAAUGGAGAGGUGCCUAUUGUUAAAUUUUGCUCCAAGGUCAGUUCUGGCAGCCUUAAAGGUUAUGGACUAGACAAUUGAAAGCUAAAAAAUGGUCAAUUAAUAAUAUAAAGGCGCUUCAUGUUGCAUAAGUUAAUACUAGAAUUAAAUAUUGUAUCACAUGUCUGUGAGAUGGUAUACUCGCAAUAUGAUUAUAGAGAAGAGUUGAAGAGCUCGGGAGUUUUUUGCACAGUUAUGAAUAAAAAGCAUAAUUGGUUUUUUUCUAGAAAGGAAAGUUUUUGAGGAAGAAACAAGAAUACCAAACAUUCUUUAAUGCAGAAACAAGAAGUGGCAAAAUAUUUUAUGAGUGAAUGUUAACAACCCAAUGCAUGAUUUUCUGUCCAGGUCACCAGUUUGCUCUUCUUGACAUCUUGUUGAAUGUACUGACAAAAUAAAAAGUUUUAAAAGUAUUUUAGGUUAUAAAAAUUACUAUUUGUUAAGUUCAAAAAUUACUGUUCAAAAUAUUUGAAUAGUAAGGAUCCCAAAAGUAGUGAAAAUUUUCCACAGUAUAUUUUUGUGUAGCUUUUAUAGUUCAAUAUCAAUUGCUGUGUAAAAUUUGCUUCAUUCUGCAUGUUGUAACUGUUGACUUAAUGCAACUCUUAUAAUUAAAAAAAAAAUAAAUUGCAAUAAUUUUUUUUAAUCAAAAGGAAAACAAUGUACUCCACUCUUUCAGAUUGUCUCUGGUAUUUUGUAAAGUUUUAAAUAUGUCAAUCUGUCUAAAAUUGUCAUUUAAGGCUAUUUAAAGUACUACUGAAGAUAAAAGAAAGUAUAGUGGCAAAAUAUUAAUCAUUGACUGUUUUGUAUAUGAGGCAUGUUUUUGCAUGCCCUUUAUCUUGUUAAACUGCUAAUGCAGUUAGCAUUGUUUAACUCAUACCAAAACAAAACCAAUUAGGAAAUUAACUGCUCUAUGCCAUGGUGGCUUUGUUUUCCCCUGUCUGGUUCAUGAAUACCUAUUAAAUUCUUACAUGAGGUGGUCUUCCAAGUUGCUGCUUACUUAGCAUGUGAACUGUUCUGGGAAGAACUUUUUUUUUUGACAUAAAAUUGUGCCAUGUAUUACCACUGCUGAUUGGGAUAAACCUUGUAAAGUUUUGAGGAUUUUUUCACGGGUUUUUAAAAAAUAAAAAUAAAACAGCUGUGCUACAAGUAUGGAAUUGAAAAUUAAAACUAUUGUGGGACA